AUGAACCUAUCUUUAAGCGGUGUAUAUCGUCCUCAUAGCUUGCCCAAACUCCUCACUUAUUCUUCUUUUAGCACUCUGUGCAGACCCUUUUGCUAUUCAGCACUGUCGUCUUCCCCCACUUGUGUGAAACCGCAGGUUCCCCUCUUUCUGAGGCCACCCAUUUACUCAACCAAGUUGUGUGACCUCAAGAAAUGGCACGAUUGGGGCAAAGGUGUUGCCCUUUCAAUCGGGUCAACUUUUGUGCAAUCAGAUGAUGGGCCAGACUCAAGCAUGUUGUGCAGGGAGCUCAAGUGGCUCAUGGAAGAUGCUGUUGUAGACCACUCACUGGGUGUGGAGGAUGAUGACAGGGUGAAAAUGAGGAUUGGCAUAGAGGGGCUGUACUGUUUAUGGAAGCAAAGAGUCCAAGAGAGGAGACCCUUUCAGUAUGUGGUUGGGUGUGAGCAUUGGAGGGACUUGGUGUUGAGUGUCCAGGAAGGGGUCUUGAUUCCAAGACCUGAGACAGAACUUGUCGUUGAUUUUGUGGCCGAUGUGGUGUCAGAGAAUGAGGAUUUGAGAAGUGGGGUGUGGGCUGAUUUGGGGACUGGAAGUGGUGCCCUUGCUAUUGGUAUUGGUCGGGUUUUGGGGAGUGAAAGAGGGAGGGUUAUUGCCACAGAUUUAAGCCCUGUGGCUGUUUCUGUUGCAACUUACAAUGUGCAGAGGUAUUGCUUACAGGACAAAAUUGACUUAAGAGAAGGAUCUUGGUUUGAACCAUUGAAAGAUAUGGAAGGAAAGCUAGCUGGUCUUGUAAGUAACCCACCUUAUAUUCCAAGUAAAGACAUAUCUGGUCUACAAGCUGAAGUUGGUAGACAUGAACCUAGAGUUGCAUUAGAUGGAGGUAUUGAUGGAAUGCAAGCUCUUCUCCAUCUUUGUGAUGGGGCUGUUUUAAUGAUGAAACCUGGUGGAUUUUUAGCUUUUGAGACAAAUGGAGAGCAGCAGUCCCGGGCUCUUGUUGAUUACAUGAAAAACCAUAGAAGUGGAAGCUUCUGCAAUUUAGAAAUACGUGCGGAUUUUGCUGGUAUUCAAAGAUUUGUAAUUGGAUUCCAUCAAUAA